AUGCCCGUCCCCGUCCAAGACAUCAUCAAAACCCACCACUUCGACCCCAACGACGCCGAGCGCAUCGCCUUCCGCCGCGUCAAGAACAAGCUUGAAAUCGCCGACCCCAACCCGCUCUGGCCGCAGUCCUACGAGCUGCUCAAGGACCGCAUCGUCUCCGCCCUCGGCCCGACCAUUGUCGAAAUCUCCCACAUCGGAUCCACCAGCGUGCCCGGCCUGCCCGCAAAGGACCUCAUCGAUAUUGACCUCACUGUCAAGGACGUGCUCGACGAGGAUUCCUACGUGCCGCAGCUGCAGGCCGCGGGCUUUGAUUUCCUGUUCCGCGAGCCAAAGUGGCACCAGCACCGCUUUCUGGUUGCGUAUGAGCCCGUGGCUAAUUUGCAUGUUUAUGGGCCGGAUUGCCCUGAGGCGGUGCGGCACAAGAUUUUUAGGGACUGGUUGAGGAAGACGCCUGAGGAUAGGGAGUUGUAUGCAAAGGUCAAGAGGGAGGCGGCGGAGGCGGCGCGGAGGGAGGGUGAGGAUGUGAAUGGGUAUGGGAAGCGCAAGGACGGGGUUGUGGCGGAGAUUUUGCAGAGGGCGUUUCGGGAUUUGGGGUAUAUCGAGUAG